AUGGCCCCUCGGCGGGGCGGGCUGCGCCUGCCGUGGGCGGCCUGGCUGCUGCUGGGCGCCGCGGCGGGCACGACCCUGCGCUACGCCACCGACGAGGAGGAGCCGCCGGGCACGGUGAUCGGCACGCUGGCCGACGACCUGCCCCCGACGGCGGCGGCGGGCGAGGCGCGGCGCUUCCGGCUGCUGGAGCAGGCGUCGGGCAACGGCUCGCGGGUGUCGGUGCGGGCGCGGGACGGGCAGCUGAGCGUGGGCGCGGCGCGGCUGGACCGGGAGGCGCUGUGCGCGCCGUCGGAGGAGGCGUGCGUGCUGGCCUUCGACGUGGUGAGCCUGGGCGGCGGCGGCGGCGGCGGGGCGGCGGCGCUGGUGCGCGUGGAGCUGGAGGUGCGCGACGUGAACGACCACGCGCCCGCCUUCCCGUCGGCGCUGCUGGCGCUGGAGGUGUCGGAGGCGGCGGCGCCGGGCACGCGCCUGCCGCUGCCGCUGCCCCACGACCCGGACGCCGGCGCGCACGGCGUGCAGAGCUUCGCCCUCUCGCCCAACGCGCACUUCGGCCUGGAGGCGCAGCGGCGCGCCGACGGGCGCAAGGGCGCCGAGCUGGUGCUGCUGGCCGCGCUGGACCGCGAGGCGCAGGCCGCCUUCCGCCUCCAGCUGGUGGCCAAGGACGGCGGCAGCCCGGCGCGCUCGGGCACGGCCGCCCUGCGCGUGCGCGUGCUGGACGCCAACGACCACGCGCCCGCCUUCCCCGGCGGCGCGCUGCGCACCGUCGAGCUGCCCGAGGACGCGCCGCCCGGCUGGCCGCUGCUCACCCUCGACGCCGCCGACCCCGACGAGGGCGCCAACGGGCAGCUGCUCUACUCGUGGGGCGGGCAGGUGCCGGCCGAGGCGCGCGCCCGCUUCGCCCUGGACGCGCGCAGCGGCCGCCUCAGCCUGCGCGCCCCCCUCGACUACGAGGCGCAGCGCGCCUGGGAGCUGGACGUGACGGCCCGCGACGGCGGCGCCAGCCCGCUGGCCGCCAGCUGCAAGGUGCUCGUCCGCCUGCUCGACGUGAACGACAACGCGCCCGCCCUGGCCGUCAGCGCCCUGGCCGCCCCGCAGGGCCCCGACGGGCCGGCCGCCGUCAGCGAGGCCGCGCCGCCCGGCAGCCUGGUGGCCCUGGUGCGCGCCUCCGACGCCGACGCCGGCGCCAACGGGCAGGUGCGCGUGGCCCUGCUGCCCCCCGACGGCGCCGCGCCGCCCCCCUUCGCCCUGCAGCGCGCCUACGGGGCCAGCUACGCCCUGCUCACCGCCGGGCCCCUGGACCGCGAGCGCGUCCCCGAGUACAACCUCACCCUGCUGGCCGAGGACCUGGGCGCGCCCCCCGCCCGCACCCGACGCCCCCUCACCGUCCGCCUCCUCGACGAGAACGACAACGCCCCCCGCUUCGCCCGCCCCCGCGCCCAGGUGGCCCUGCCCGAGAACAACCCCCCCGGCGCCUACCUGGCCGCCCUCAGCGCCCACGACCCGGACCUGGGCGCCAACGCGCGCCUCACCUACCGCCUGCUCGACGGGCGCCUCCUCGACGCCCCCCUGGCCACCUACGUCUCCGUGGACCCCGCCACCGGGGCCGUCUACGCCGCCCGCGCCUUCGACUACGAGAGCCUGCGGCAGCUGGAGCUCACCGUCCAGGCCACCGACGGCGGCUCCCCGCCCCUCUCCGCCACCGCCGUGCUCACCGUGCGCCUGGUGGACCAGAACGACAACGCCCCCGCCAUCACCCAGCCGCCGCUCGCCAACGGCUCCCUGGAGGUGGGGGUGUCCAGCAAGGCCCCCCGCGACUCCCUGGUGGUGCAGCUCAAAGCCAAGGACGCCGACGAGGGGGUCAACGCCCAGCUGAGCUUCGCCCUCCUGGACGACCCCCGCCUGCCGCAGCCACGGACCCUGGACCUCUUCGCCGUCGACCAGAAAACGGGCGAGGUCUUCCUGGCCGGCCGCCUCUCCGAGGAGCAGCUGGGCCACGUCUACCGGGCGCUGGUGGUGGUGACCGACGGCGGGCAGCCGCCCCUGGCCGCCACCGCCACCGUCAGCUUCGUGGUGACGGCCGAGGCGCCCCCCUCCGGCCAGCGGGACGCGGCCUCCCGGGCCGGCCCCUGGGCAGGGGGCAAGGCGGUGCAGUGGGACGUCCCCCUGAUCGUCAUCGUCGUCCUGGCCGGCAGCUGCACCCUGCUGCUGGCGGCCAUUGUCACCAUCGCCACCACCUGCAACCGGCGAAGGAAGGAGAAGGAGGGGGCCCUGCAGGAGCCCCUGGACAGCUUCCCCCUGCAGAAGGGCCCGCCCGAAGGCCAGGGGGGCCUGCCCCCCGCCAGCCCCCCGGCCAGCGCCUUCCAGGUGCACUCCUCCUUCCCCAGCAAGGCUUCCUUUGAGAGCCCCCAGCGCUCCCCAGCCAGCGAAGACACCCCGGCCUCCGAGAACAGCCGAGAGAGCGCCACCAGCCUCUACUACAGCCAGAGCAGGCUCCGGGAGCCCAACACAGAGUCCUAUGCCUCUACUCCCAGUUACAGUAAAGAGCCAGGAGCCCCCCCAGCCCCCAUCUGGAAGGGUCAUUCUUUCAACACCAUCUCGGGCCGAGAGGCAGAGUUCAGUGGAAAGGACAGUGGGAAAGGGGACAGCGACUUCAAUGACAGCGACUCAGAUAUCAGCGGAGACGCCCUAAAGAAGGACCUCAUCUCUCACAUGCAGAAUGGGCUGUGGGCGUGCACCGCCGAGUGCAAGAUCCUGGGCCAUUCGGACCGCUGCUGGAGCCCCUCCUGCGGCCGCUCCAACCCCCACGCCUCGCCUCACCCCAAGGCCCAGCUCUCCACCUUCAGCAAGAGCACCUCUCUGCCCAGGGACUCCCUCCGCCGGGACCACUUCUACCAGGCGCAGCUGCCCAAGACCAUGGGGCUGCAGAGCGUCUACGAGAAAGUCCUGCACAGGGACUUUGAGAGGACAAUCACCCUGCGGUCCCCUCCUCACCCGGGGCGGCUGCCCGACCUCCAGGAGAUCUCCGUGCCCUUGUUCCAGGCUUCUCCGGUGCGCUAUUUAGGCCCUGCGUCUGACGCCACUCAGAAAGUUUAA